GCGGACUUAGUUGCGCGGUUGUGCGUAGACCAAGACGAGCGUUCGAGUGUUCGGUUAUAAUCGUGGGGAAACAAUUACGGUAUGGUGAGCGACAAAUAUACGUUCGAUUUGGGUAGAUUCGUGUGACGAAAAGAGGGUGUGGGGAUCCGAUACAUUUUCCACGGACACCGCUGGCCUUUCUAUAUAAAGUAUCGCAAGGGAACGUGUUAAACUCGAAACAACGCGACGAAUAUAACGCCAGGAUAACGUCCUUCGGUGGAUAGAAAGUGUGCGAGUUAUCGGGGAAUCGAUAUACGCCGCUGUGCAGGCCACGUGUGUGAUGCAGUUAUGAGUUACCUCGUAGGCGUGUGUAACGAUCGAAAUGUUUCAUGCGGUGACCGUAUAAAGAGUUAGUAAAGCGGUUUGCUGGACAAGUAUUUAUGAAAAGGGAAAAGAGAACGGAAAGAAGCAACGGAGAUUAACAGUGACGCCGCGUGAAUGCUGGAGAAAGAAUUCGUUUACAGUUUGCCAAUAUAGGAAGUGACAGAACCAUGCCCGGUAAUCGAGGAAGUGGUGUGCACGGCAUAAUGCCACCGCACUAUCUGCACGAGUUGCCGGCAGAGGAUGAACAGAGACUGGAAAAGAUAUUUCAGAGUUUAGACUUGGACGGAAAAGGAAAAAUCGACGUCAAGGAUUUGUCGAAGGCACUCCGCAAGGUCGGAGUGGACAAAUACUAUGCCGAGGAAUUUUUGGCUCGUUCGGACAGCACUAAGAGCGGCGAUAUUAGUCUGGCGGAAUUUAUACAUUACGUUCGCGAGCAUGAAAAAAAUUUACGUCUACAAUUUACCCAUCUUGACAAGAAUAAGGAUGGGAGAAUCGAUUUGGAGGAAUUAAUAAAGUCUUUCGAAGAAUUAGGGAUCAAGAUGGACUACGCGGAGGCGAAGAAAUUGCUUCAGAGAAUGGACAAGGAUGGAAGCUUAACUAUAAGCUUCAACGAGUGGCGAGAUUUUCUGCUUUAUGCCCCCAGCACCGAUCUUCUGGGUUUGAUCGAAUAUUGGCAUCAUACAAACUAUAUGGACAUUGGGGAAGACAUCGGUGUCCCUGAAGAUUUUACAACUAGUGAAAUGGUCUCUGGAAUGUGGUGGCGACAUUUGGUGUCUGGUGGAGUAGCGGGUGCUGUUUCGCGGACGUGUACCGCGCCUUUGGAUCGAGUUAAAGUCUACCUACAGGUUCAUGGAACGCGACACUGCAAAAUCUUGAGUUGCAUCGGGUAUAUGCUUCGCGAGGGUGGAAUGACUAGUUUGUGGAGAGGGAAUGGUAUAAACGUACUUAAAAUUGGACCAGAGAGCGCACUGAAAUUCAUGGCCUACGAACAGAUUAAAAAAGCAAUCAAAGGAGACGAUGUCAGAGAGCUUGGUCUUUACGAACGAUUAAUGGCAGGAUCUUUAGCAGGAGGAAUCAGUCAGUCCGCCAUAUACCCACUCGAGGUACUCAAAACUAGGUUCGCGCUUAGAAAAACAGGAGAAUUUGCAGGACUGGUCGACGCGACAAAAAAAAUAUACCGUCAAGGAGGUUUGAAGUCCUUCUACAGAGGUUAUGUCCCUAAUUUAAUGGGAAUAAUUCCGUACGCCGGUAUCGACCUGGCUGUAUACGAAACAUUGAAGAAUAGGUAUUUAAGAACACACGACAAGAACGAACAACCCCCAUUUUGGAUAUUAUUAUUAUGCGGGACAACUUCCAGUACAGCAGGUCAAGUGUGUUCAUAUCCGCUAGCUCUAGUCAGGACACGGUUGCAAGCAGAUAUAUCGUCCGAUAAAUUUCCUAAUACCAUGGUUGGUGUUUUUAAAGAAAUUAUUAGGAAAGAAGGAGUUCGUGGUUUAUAUAGAGGCAUAACGCCAAAUUUCUUAAAGGUGGCUCCAGCUGUAUCGAUUAGCUACAUAGUGUAUGAGAAUGUCAGGGGACUGUUGGGUGUCAAUAUGACGUGAUGAAUAUUUAUGUUAGGUGAUAUUAAUUUAACUAAAUUAUUCUUUAACUACAUUUUAAGAUGUACGAGCCAGGCGAUCAUCGGCUAGUAUAAUUGAACGUAACGCCGCUUAUUUAUUAUUAACUUGAGGCUUUCUCGAUUAUUUAAGCAUUUGCCAUUCUAUUUUUCGGAUGUACCGUGCUAUUGGCGUACGCUACUAACAAUACAUUUGUGAAAGAUUUUAAGUAAAAAGCUAAGUGUAAUAAAACGGCCAGCAUAGGGAAUUUAAAUUACAUUCUAAUGAACUCAUAUGUACACUUUGUGUAUACGUUCGAUACAUCGCAUUGACGAUUUAAUUCUAUUCACUGUUAUUACUUACAUUCAUAUUUUCCUUCCAUGAAGCAAAAUGACAGUGUAGAUCCUUAAUUUCAAAAUAGAAACGAUAGUACAAAGAUCUUUAGAAAAAAAGUAUUAUGAUUUAUGAUUUCAUUUUAAUUUUUUCUUUCUUUCUUUUUUUCUUUUUUUUAAUGGGAGGAAAGAAUAGAGGAACACAUUUGGUUGGUGUAAUAUUAGGACAAAGGUUUUCAUACAAUUCGCAAGGUAUUCUAAACAAAAUCAAGUACUAUAUACACGAGACGUAAUUUUAUCAAAAUGUAAACGAAGAUAUUCCUUCAGCAUAUAGUAGAUAAUGUUACAAAUUGUGAAAAUAGAGGGGGGAGGGUGAUUGGAUUAUAUUGAUACUGUGAUAUGUAUGGUUAUAAGCUAAAUUGAAAAUGUGAUUUUAUGAAUAAUAUUUCGGUAGUCGAUUCUUCGUUACCGAAAUUUUAUGCUGUGAAUCGCAUAAAAACUGCACGUUUCACCAAUCUUUUUUAUAGUUUGUAUGUUACAACUUGCUUCGUAAACGGGUUACUGUACCCUCGAUAUUACGCGUUACUUGUCACGUUUGUUCCAACCUAAUUCAUUCCCUAGCUAAUGAAUUUUGUGAACAAGUUGUGGAUAUCGUGUAUAUUUUAAAUAUGUACAGUUACGCUUUAUGAAAGUGCAUCGCGAGAUAGUAUCGUAUCCGUGUUUGUUCAAUUCUCUCUUCAAAAUAAUUGUGAAAAUAAUUAUGAGUAACAAACAAUGAAGAUGAAGAAACAAUAAUUUCAUAAUGUACUUUGAACGUAAUGAACAUAACGAACGUAAGCUACUAUUCGUGCAUACGUUUUCAAAUAAAAGGUACUUUAUCAUUUUCUCCAUCACUUUUUAUAUAGGAAAGGUAUGAUAUAGCGAAGCAGUCAAAUGCAAAAUUACGAAACCAUUUUUGGAGGUUAUGAUAGCAUUUACCGUUUAGAAUGUUUAGAUACGUUGUACAGGAAAAGAUGAUAAUUCAAUGAACAUUUGAUUAGUUUUAAGUUAUACGGCAGUCACGAUGUUUUCAGAAUAAGUUCUGUAAAUAAUUCUGAUAAAUUGAAAGAAACUCUAAAAGACUAUUUUAAUGCGACACGAGAAAUUAAAACAUUUUAUAGCGUUAUACAGUUCUAAUGAAAGUAACAUAUAAUUUUGUUCAAAGCGCGAUACGAAUCGGUAAAAUUUUUUAGUUCUUUUUAUGGCCCGAUAUUCAUGUACACGUAAGAUUUUUGUAAAAAAAUAAAUAUAUAAUUUAUAAAUUACUCUAAAAAAUUUGGUUCCUAAGUAGUUUAUACGGGUUAUUGAAUCUGACUGGUGGCAGAUAUUACGUGUUAAGUACCUACAUGUUACAAACGAUAUUCCUGCCUCAAACUAUAUAUUUAUAAUAUUAAUUCCAUUUAAGAAUAUACACAACAUGUACAUCAUAUAAAAAUAGUCACUUUUUGCUGUAUACCUAUUUAUCUUACAUAUAUAUUUAUCAGUUUUAUGUAAGUCACCAAAGAAUAUCUUUUACGAUCUGCCAAACAAAUAUAUGAUUGUUUAUUAUAUUAUUCUUGAUAUAUCUACUCCUGUAUACAAAUGAUGACUAUGAUAUUUAUUCUUACAAAUAAAUGACUUAUCUAGUAA